CACCUGUCGAUCUCUCUUAGGACAGGUUGUAAAAUUUGUGUACUUAGCGCAGAACUUGGAUAUCUUAACACAUGUUCGGCGACAAAUGGUCGUCGAUAAAAAUUCCGCUACGCUUUGUAGGAGUUAGACACGUGAUCAGCCACUCUAGUUUUAAAGUGCAGCAUGGAGCUGAUUCCUCGCCUGGAGAUGGUGGGUUCAAAGGUCACAGGCAAGAAGAGAGACCACGACAGGCAUGUCGAGCCGUCUUUACACCCAGAGGACAUUGACCCCCGAUUGAUGACGUCACCUGAAUUCAUGAACAUGCUGGGUUUGACACCAUAUGGAAGGGGCCCGCUGAACUUUGACCGAUUCCCACAAACUUUCAACCCUGGAUACGACUUUGACAACCAGUCGAUGGCGGGCUCCAACCAGCCUCUGAACGGACGGAGGAAAGAGCGCAGACACAAACUGGCGAGAAACGCGGUGAUUGGUCUACUGCUCAUGGGUCUAGCCGGAUGUAUCGUCGCCAUAGGCUUCCUCGCGGCGGAUAGAAAUUCAAACAGGGGCGUGGCAGCGACGGCGGCCGCUGAGAUCUCCACGGAGGAGCUGGCUAAAGUUUUGGCGUCACGCGGCUUGGCUGUCAGGAACUUUUCAGAGGCAGAGCCUGGAUACUCUUUGGUGCCAGUACAACACCAGGCGACACCUGCACCGCUAGAGACGCAACCACCGUCUCUCCCAGCAACCCAGCCACAGCCUUCUGUAGUGACACAACCACCUGCAUCAAUCAGACAAUCCCCGCCCACUGUGGUCCAGUCUCCGCCCCCUAUAGUCCAAACACCACCCUCUGUCAUUCAACCACCGCUGCCAUUGGUCCAGCCACCUACUCCUGUUGUUCAAUCUCCACCCCCUGUAGUACAAAAUCCGCCUCCUGUGGUUCAAUCACCGCCCCCUAUAGUGCAAACUCCGCCUCCUGUACGACCAACCCCGCCCUCUGUAGUUCAACCACCACCCCCUAUAGUACAAACUCCGCCUCCGGUGGUUCAACCUACGCCUCCUGUAGUACAAACCCCGCCCACUGUGGUCCCACCUACCUCCCCUGUGGUCCCACCUACCUCCCCUGUGGUCCCACCUACGCCCCCUGUGGCACAACCAACACCCACUGUAGUGCAAACUCCACCCCCUGUGGUCCCACCUACGUCCCCUGCGGCACAACCAACACCCCCUGUAGUGCAAACUCCACCCCCUGUUGUCCCACCUACGCCCCCUGUGGCACAACCAACACCCCCUGUAGUUCAGUUAACGCCUCCUACGUCCAUAACCCCAUCUAACACAUCGAAACCCCCACCCCCACCCCUUGCACCAGCACCUCAGCCCACUUCAUCGACAACCCAACCCACAAUCACCUCAACACCCCCCACACUUCAGCCAACAACACAAGCACCUCCUCCCCUCCCCUCCCCGAUCCAAACCACAAUUUCAACUACUACCCCCAAGCUCCAGCCCACACCCGCCCCUACAGUCAACCAACCACCACCACCACCAACCCCCACCAUCAACCCACCACCACCACCAACCCCCACCAUCAACCAGCCACCACCUCUUGCGCCAACUAGCAACAAAUUAAAGAUUCAGGUUCGACCACUCGUUCUCAGCAACACCUCUGUGAUUGGCUGCUUGUACAACGACACUGAACCCCCCGACGUGCUGUUUAUAUUACGACUGGACAGCCUGGACAACCCCAAACCCAUGGCGAUCUUCGCCAAGAAUUCGCCGCCAGUUCUCAACGAAACGCUGGAGCCGCUGUACUACGCAGCCAACCAGAACUUGAACAGUGCCGUCAAGAUUUACGCCUUACAGAUACGCCGGGUUCGCUGUGUGGACGCCAAACCCUACAGCUGCUUUGUGCCCACACCCCCUGACGCCCCCAUGAUGGUGGCUGAGGCUAACAGCACCCUCACUUUGCCACCUAAUGUCCAGAACCCUGUAGUGCCAGCCAAGAUUGUGAUUGGUCAGAAUACAACAAUGAGCUGCUCUUCAGUGGAGUUUAACUCGAAAUUCGUUUCCUGGGAGUUGAUGCCACCUAGCCAGACAAGUUUUGUACCGUUUACAUUUCCUGGUCAAAGACUGAUGGGUGCUGCACUAAAUAUUUCAGCUGAGCUCAACUGUGGCAUGUAUAGAUCUACCAGCCUCGUUGUGACCACCUUCAAUGCCAGUUUAAAUGGGGCCAAGGUCAGAUGUGCCUCAGGGUCAACCAAGUACACGUCUAACUUUGCUGUUCUCAAUGUGACAGCCACGGUGUAAACAA